AUGGGUUUGGAAAAGCGAAACAAUGCCUUGAAGCUCAACGGCAACUACAAGAACGGCGCCCUAGCCGACAUCGCCAUCACCACCCGCGGCUCAGACUGGUACUUCACCGUCUGUGCCGUCAUGACGCUCGCCGGUUUCAUCUUCAUCGGGCUCUCCUUCCGCAAGCCGCGCCGCGACCGCCUGUUCCACUACAUCACUGCCGCCGUCGUCUUCGUCGCUGCCAUCGCGUACUUCACUAUGGGUUCCAACCUCGGCUUCACGCCCAUCCAGGUCGAGUUCUCCCGCUCGGAUCCCAAGGUGCGCGGCACGUUCCGCGAGAUCUUCUACGUCCGCUACAUCGACUGGUUCAUCACGACGCCGCUGCUGCUCAUGGACCUCAUGCUCACGGCGGGGAUGCCGUGGCCGACCAUCCUGUGGGUGGUUAUGGUGGACUGGAUUAUGAUUGUCACGGGGCUGGUCGGCGCGCUCGUCCAGUCGCGCUAUAAGUGGGGAUUCUUCACCUUCGGCUGCGCCGCCCUCGUCUACAUCGUCUACCACCUCGUCUGGGAAUCGCGCCGCAACGCGAAUGCCUACGGCAGAGACAUCGGCCGCGCGUUCCUCUUCUGCGGCUCGCUUACCACCAUGCUGUGGAUUCUGUACCCGAUUGCCUGGGGCGUUUGCGAGGGCGGCAAUGUCGUUGCGCCGGACUCCGAGGCUGUGUUCUAUGGUAUCUUGGAUCUGCUUGCUAAGCCGGUGUUUGGCGCGCUGCUGAUCUGGGGGCAUCGCAAUAUCGAUCCGGGGAUGCUGGGCUUGGCGAUUAAGGAUUAUGAGGGCGAUGUUGCUGUGCAUGGACGGAGUGAGAAGGGGGGAAGACAGGCGGAGCCGGUUGUGCCUGCGAAUGAUGGGCAUGCUAAUGGGCACGGUGCUACCCCGGCUGAUACGACUGCCACUACUGCGGUCUGA